AGAUGGAACGUUGCCGUCGAUUGUCGAGUAGAUAGUGUGCUUACAUUUAUGUUUUGAAGAGAGAUGUUAUGACGAGUCUUUGUUUCCGAAAAAGUACUGUUUUUUUUAAAGUUACAAGUCAAAUAAUGUGAAUAAUCGCGUACAUUAAUAUUACGCGAUUGCACCUCAAUGCAUUUUUCCAAAGUAUGAUCGUGCCAAUAGGAGUUAGAAUAAUACUUAGGUGUUCAUAUUGGUUAAGUUCUGUGAAUCUUGUGCCAAUAAUGAGAUAGUGGAGUGUCGUGAUGUGGUUGUGGAACAUGUGGGGAGUGGUGUGGAUCGUCGAGGUUCUGGCGCUCGUCGUGGGGGUUGACUCGACGCCUUUGGAGCCAGGGCUGCCGUCGUCUCGAGGGUUGACAUUAACUCCAUUCGUUCGUCACUGGCAACCGGCGGAAUACCAGCCGCUCGGGCUGCGGCGGCGGCGAGCGGCGGCGCCCCGAUCUGCGCCUUCCACACCCCUGCGUUUGUCAUUCAAAGCACAUAACAGAGAAUUCCGGCUCGUCCUGCAACCAGACCCCAGUUCGGUGUUCGCUGAAGACGUCCAGUUCCAUACAACCGCCGGGCCCAUGGACUACAACACCGCUCAUGUAUACUCGGGAAAGCUUGAAGAUGACGAGUCUUCACAUGUUUAUGGAGUCAUUACAGCAGACGGUCUUUUCGAUGGUACAAUAUGGACAUCGACUGAAGAGUACUAUGUAGAGCCACUAUCUCGAUACAAUGUCGAUCAUCCGAAUAUGCACAGCGUCAUCUACAGACGUUCGGAUGUUGAUCACCCUCACUACAACAGAGAUAUCUCACAUUGCGCCUCUCAUCUUCUUCAUAUUAAAGGAACUAUCGGGCAACACGGAGAACUUUUAAACUUCACUCAAGAAUUAAGUAUCACAGAAAUUCCAUUUAACAAUAAGACAGAAGAUUUAGGAACCGAAAUAAACAGACGAAAAAAGAGAUGGCUUCCUGAAGACGAAAUGCAAGAUGAUCAGCCAAAGAAGAAUCCUGAUUUACCGCUAGAUUUAGACGUUCCAUACACUAGUAAUAGCGAUCCUUUCGAUAAAUUUAGCACGAGAAAACCGAAGACCAAAAUCGAUAAAAGUAACCUCAUCACAAAAGUGCGACUCGAUUCGGAGGAAUCGAGACCGAAACCAAAGACUCACGUGGAAGUGAUAAAAACUAAAGCAGGAGUAGUGACUGUUAGUAAAGAUAUUGUUAAGAAGGAGCCAGUUGGAUAUACAAUUCUGUCAGCGAAUGCGAGCGACGACGGAAGACACGUUAAUAAAAGGGCAACAGUUGAUCCUAGAAAAACUACUUGUCUAGUCUAUUUACAGGCAGAUCACAUGUUUUAUCAGCGUUACGGCUCCGAGGAAGCCUGUAUUGAAGUAAUGACACGACAUGUGCAGAAAGUUAAUGCUAUUUAUAAAGUAACAGAUUUUAAUCAAGAUGGUAAAGCAGAUAAUAUUACGUUCAUGAUAAAAAGGAUAAAAGUUCACACUUUAGACGCGCUUAAAGACCCUGCGUAUCGCUUUCCGAAUAAUUAUGGCGUCGAGAAAUAUCUAGAACUUUUUUCAGAGGAAGAUUACGACGCAUUUUGCUUAGCGUAUAUGUUUACGUACCGUGAUUUCGAGAUGGGCACAUAUCAUUAUAGAGGCAGCAUGAAGUCUUUAAACACAGGCAUCGUGACCCUUCUUAAUUACGGCAAGCACGUGCCGCCGGCGGUGUCCCACGUGACUCUUGCUCAUGAGAUCGGCCAUAAUUUUGGUUCGCCGCAUGACCCAGAAGUGUGUACGCCGUUCGGCGAAGACGGUAAUUACAUAAUGUUCGCACGAGCCACGAGCGGCGAUCGUAAGAAUAACAAUAAAUUUUCGCCGUGCUCCUUACGAGCGAUAGAUCCAGUACUUAAUAAUAAAGCACGUUCGCCUAAGGGAUGCUUCACAGAACCACAGCCAGCAAUUUGCGGCAACGGAGUGGUGGAAGAAGGAGAAGAAUGCGACUGCGGCUGGGCGUCCGAAUGCACGGAUGUAUGCUGCAGGCCGCAAGCUGUAAGGCCACACUACAAGCCGUGCACGCUCACCGAACAUAGCGUGUGCAGUCCUAGUCAGGGUCCCUGCUGCACAGCGUCCUGUACUCUCAAAUUCGGGGACAAAUGUCGGUCAGACAACGGGUGUCGUGACGCGGCACAUUGCGACGGCAAGCGCGCCGCCUGCCCCGCCAGCCGGCACAAGCCGAACAGGACGCGCUGUGAUAAGGAGCUCGUCUGCUUUAUGGGAGAGUGUACCGGCUCCAUCUGCCUCGCGUACGGGCUGGAGUCGUGCCAGUGCGCGCCGCGCAAGGACGACCCGCGCUCCGCGUGCGAGCUGUGCUGCCGCAAGCCGGGCGGGCCCUGCCUCUCGUCCUUCCACUGGAACACGCCGCCGUACGACGUGCCCGAUAUGUACGCUAAGCCGGGCACGCCUUGUAAUGAUUAUAAUGGUUACUGCGACGUGUUCCAACGCUGCCGCGAGGUGGACCCGUCGGGCCCGCUGGCGACGCUGCGCAAGCUGCUGCUGUCGGACGAGAGCAUCGCCGGCUUCAAGCGCUGGGUGUUGCGCCACUGGUACGCCGUGCUGCUCAUACUGCUCGCUGUCAUUGCGCUCCUGGUGGCCAGUACCCGUUUCCUGGGUCGUCACGCUAAGAAGAUCAAAUCAGUCACAAUCAUUCACUCAUCAACUACAGAAACUGUCCGCCUGCCGGAUGCCGGUGAUCAGAUGAUUGUUCAUACUGCUGUCAGGUCGAAACUUCCUCUAAAGAAGAAAGUAGCACUCCGCACACGCGCCUAUAGAGGCAAGAAGGAUCAAGCAAAUAAACAGAGUGACAAAGCGUCGCCUUCGCAUGCCGCCAAAAACGGCAAGAAACGGAAACCAACUACUCAAGCGAAAUUAGAUGAUGCUAUUAAAGUAGCCAAAGAAGCGACUGCCGUUGUAACUAAUGCAGAUGGGAAGUCGCCGAAACACGUGAUAUUAUCUAAGCAUAAGGGAAAAAUCAAGAAAAGAAAGUUAAAAGUGAAAAAGGAAACAAUAGACUACAGUUCAAUGCAAAAACAUCCGUCUUCGCCGAUAAAGGACACUGAAGCUUUAACAAAAGUUCAGAAGUGGCUGCUCAGCUCACCUCAGCCCACGUCAAUACCCAAGUCGAAAUCAAUACCCGUAGGACUUACUGAGAGAACACAUAGACAAAUUUCCAAAGGCUCUAGAAAAGCGAGACCUUCUAAGAGCGCCACAAAUCUGUUCUCUGGAGAGAAAGCUAGACUACAAGUAGUGUUCAAACCUCCAUUUAGAUUUAGUGUUAAAAUUUGUAAAAGCGAUAAAACUAAAGUCGUUCUAGAUAAGUCUUCAAAACCUGAACUAGAAAGAAAACGCCACGAUUCACUACCUCAACAGACUUGCCCUGCUGAUCCUGGAAAAUCGAAUCUUAAUAUUAAACCUAAACAUUUAAAUUCAAAUAAAAAUACAAUAGACAAUACAACGAAUGCCCAAAUGGACGCGUCUCAGCCAGAGAAUGUCGUUCAUGGGUAUGAAAACUUGCUACCUCACAGUACAAGUGAUUGCAAACUGGGAAAGAAAUCGUCUGAAAAUAAAGUUCGAGCUGGUCACAAGAAAAGCAACUCUGUGGGCCAAAAACGCGACACGACCGAGAGUCGUCAAAAUCUCAUAUCUCAAGAUGAUUUUGAUAACACUCACGUUUAUGAAAACGUCGUGUUGUCACAAGACACAUUCGUUCCAAAGAGUUGUAGUAUGCCACGAAGGCAAAACUCCGCUGUCAUAUCACGGCAGAGCAGUUAUGGCCAUCUACCUCGAGCCCAAAUCCGCCCACAUAGACAUAGUACUAACAAUAUAAGCAGGUCUCGAAAUAAUAGCAACAGUGGAUUAGAACACUUUUACAAUAUCAUUGAGACGUUAAGGCGAGACAACGCAAACACUUGUAACACAAACACUAGUAGUUCCUCUGGGAGUAGUCGUGAGAUUUCCAAGGGCAGUAUAAAACAAGGGAAUAGAACUUCCCGGCAAAAUAGUCUAGUCGAUGGCCGACCGAGUAUUUCUGAAACAGCCAAACUAAAAAGACAACUCAGUGAAAUAGAGCUUGAUAAAUCUCAAAACAACGAUAAUAAGCUUAGGGGCUUCCAAUUAGUAGUGGGCAAAGAAAAGCUUAAGCGACAAUUGAGUGACAAUGAACUAACAAGGUCACGCUUACAGCUGGCGAUGCCGAUGUCUGCGGGGGCAGAACCGCGACAGCCAUUUUGUUGGAAUAAACGAGCCAGUUUGGACUGUGAGGAGUCAUUGCCAGCGAUCCGCGCUCCAAAACCUCGUAACAACACAAAACGCACGACGUAUACGUUUGGCGAACUGAAAAACACCGUCCCGAAUGCCAGCGAAGCGUCGACAGCAGACGGCAUCCACAUCUCACCAGAAGAAUUUCUCAAAAUAAUCGAUAACUAGAAUUUCGUGUGGACAUUUAGGUGAUAAUAAAUAUUUCCAAGAACAAAAAUAAUCGCUGUGUACAUUGUUAGGUAUAUGCGAUGUGUAUCUAUUGCUAAUUAAUGUAAAUAUUGUAUUCGCUUCUUUAAUAUUAAGAAUAAACAAACCUGCCACUGAAACAGACCAUUGUUUAGUUGAAGUGUGUUGUCCUUUGUGACUUACCUGUACAAAAAUAGUACUAAAUAUUUUGAUACAUCAAACAAUUUACUAACAGAUUUAAACAUCUAACCGUUUUAAAUGAAUAUCCAUCUGUGUACUUUUAUUUAAAUUAAAUUUUGGUAGGGCUACUCAUCAGAUCGUCGUCAGGUCCCAAUUUUUGUUAUUUGAAUUUAAAUAGUUAAUUAUAUGAAACUUAUUUACUUAAACUACCAAUGGUCUUGUUUCACUGUAUGAUCUCUAUAAAUGAAUCUCUAUUUUUUCUACAUAACCUAUUGUACAAAAUGACUCAUACCUAUGUAAAGUGUUCAUAUAGUAUUAUUUCAAAUUAUUCGUGUAUGUAUUUUAUGUUUGACUCUUCGUAUAUUUCUUUUACAAACUAACUCAUAUUUACUGGCAUUAUUUCAAUGUUGAUAAUAUUAUAAAUAAGUAAGUAAUGUGGUAAGUACAAUAAAAUAAUAAUUAUCAAGCUAUUUAAUGAAUUUCGCUUUUUAUAUUUUAUUUUAAAUGUCUGUCAAUUAAAUAUGUCAAUCUGUUAAACGUUAAAAUAUUUUAUAUAAUUCCUUUGAAAUAUCCAUACAAAACUGCUAAAUGCCAAUUAUCAUACUAAAAUUAGGGCCAUAUAACGUAUUCGAUUAAUAUAAGAGUAUAAAUAAAAUAUUAUAAUUAUGGAUUGUCUAACAUCAAAAGUUGUGUUAUACAAAUUUAGGUAGGCGUAGGAGA